CUUACUAUCAAUAGGUUUAGUGAUUGUCAGCACAGAUAUGAGCGAAACCGAAACCACUGAACCAUCACUCCUGAGGGCAGAGAAUAUUUCGAUCUCGAAAUUGACACCAGAAUUGAUCCAAAGAGCGGAAGCGGAGGUCAAUGAGAAGGAGAAUUGGAAGGAACGAGACAUUCAGGCGCUCCGAGAGAUCGUACAAAAUGAGGUGUCACUGCAUUCGCAGAGCGACGACGCAUUCCUCCUGCGCUUCUUGAGGGCCCGGAUGUUUGAUUACGACAAAGCGCUUCAUCUCAUCAAACAGUACUACUAUUUGAAAGCCAAUAAUCCGGAACUGUUUGUACCGCCGAAGCAAUUGAAAUGCGUGUUCGACACCAAAACGAUGACAGUGUUGCCGAAGAAGUGCCCGUCGGGUGAGACGAUAUACGUGGUGAGCGCCGGCCACUGGAAUCCGCGUCGAUUCACGUUUGACCAGUUGGUGGCCGCGAGUAUUGUCAGUCUGGAGAAGGCGGCGAUGGAUGAGGUGACACAAAUCAAUGGUCUCAUUUGCAUCAUCGACAUGACUGACUUUGGUUGGCAACAGUUGCGCCGAUUCGGGCCCUCACAGGCCAAGAAGAUGGUCCACAUUAUCGACGAGUGUUUGCCCAUACGUUUCAAAGCCAUUCACGUUAUCCACGAGUCAACGCUGGCGGACAUCGCGUUCACAAUACUCAAGCCAUUCCUCAGCGAAGAGCUGCGCCAGAAGAUCACUUUCCACGGAUCAGAGUUGUCGGCAUUGCAUUCCAUUGUCACCGCAGACAUACUGCCCGAAGAGAUCGGCGGCCACUGCGGCUCCAUAGACGCCGACCAGUGGUACGAACAGAUCAUUUCCAGCGAAACAUAUUUGACGGAAAAUCGAGAGAAUUAUGGCUUCAAAAAAGUGGCCGAUUUUAAUCAGAUCUCCGAUUUUCAUAGCAUUGAAAACAGUUUGUUUCGCAAAUCGCAAACAUUAACACAGAAUUUCCUCUCAGUUUUGCGCAGAACUGUCUUAGAAUUACUUGAAUUGAGUGCCAAAUUGACUCCAAUGGCCAGUAAAAAGGUAUUGAUAGGAGCGUCGGCCGCAGCGGUGGUGGGAUUCCUCUUCUAUAAGACUCAGUGUCCGCGACAA